AUGAAAUUCCUCGCCGCUCUCGCUUUGGGCUCUCCAGCCUUAGCUAGCACCCUCACUCGCCGGGACGAUUUCUGCGGCCAGUGGGACACCAUCAAGCAAGGUGACUUCAUCCUGUACAAUAACCUCUGGGGCAAGGACAACGCCGACAUAGGGGGCAGGCAGUGUACGGGGUUGGACUCGGCCUCGGGCAACGAGAUCGCCUGGCACACCGGCUGGACUUGGUCUGGGGGACAGGGUCAGGUCAAGAGUUUUGCCAACGUUGCGUACCAGUUCCCGGCCACGCAGCUAAGCAGCCUCAGCAAGAUUCCGACCACUUUCAACUGGCAGUACACCUCGGGAUCAGACAUUGUGGCGGACAUUGUCUACGACCUGUUCACGUCGUCCUCGGCGGACGGUGACGAGGAGUAUGAGGUCAUGAUUUGGUUGGCAGCCCUGGGAGGAGCUGGCCCAAUCUCGUCGACAGGCUCACCCAUCGCCAGUCCCACGGUCGGCGAAACCACCUGGGACCUGUACAAGGGACCCAAUGGGCAGAUGAUGGUUUUCAGCUUCGUAGCCCAAUCCGCCAUGGAAACCUUCUCAGCGGACCUAGUGGAAUUCCUGACCUACCUGCAGGGGCACCAGGGCCUGUCCUCCAGCCAGUACCUGACCCAUGUGCAGGCAGGCACCGAGCCCUUCUCUGGCAGCGACGCGAUGAUGAGCGUCUCCUCGUUCACUGUGUCGGUGUCGGCCGCAUAG